CAGCUGCGGAUUCCUAUUGGUCUCUGCUUUGUCCGUUUAGUAUUUCGGGGAAGGUGAUUGGCUAGUCAAAAGAACGGGGGUCGCAAAAGGCCAAGAUGAGACUGAGGAGAGAGGAUCCUAAAGAACCCCAUCAACUCUGAUCCGCCACCGCCACCAUGUCGGGGACCGUCAUUAUCCUCCAGCAGUUUGCCACCGGUCUCAAGAGCCGGAAUGAAGAAACCCGGGCGAAAGCGGCCAAAGACUUGCAGCAUUAUGUGACCAUGGAGCUCCGAGAGAUGAGCCAAGAGGAAUCCACUCGUUUUUAUGACCAGCUGAAUCACCACAUCUUUGAAUUGGUCUCUAGUUCAGAUGCAAAUGAGAGGAAAGGAGGGAUUCUGGCUAUAGCGAGCCUGAUUGGCGUUGAGGGAGGCAAUGCCACCCGCAUUGGCCGCUUUGCCAACUACUUGAGGAACCUCCUCCCCUCCAAUGAUCCUGUAGUGAUGGAGAUGGCCUCCAAGGCCAUUGGGCGCCUCGCCAUGGCGGGAGACAACUUCACCGCCGAAUAUGUGGAGUUUGAAGUGAAGCGGGCUCUGGAGUGGCUUGGAGCGGACAGGAAUGAAGGCCGAAGACAUGCGGCAGUCUUGGUUCUACGAGAGCUGGCCAUCAGCGUCCCCACGUUCUUCUUCCAGCAAGUGCAGCCAUUUUUCGACAACAUCUUUGUUGCCGUCUGGGACCCAAAGCAGGCCAUUCGUGAAGGAGCUGUUUCGGCUUUACGCGCCUGCCUCAUCUUGACCACCCAGCGGGAGUCAAAAGAGAUGCAGAAACCACAGUGGUACCGGCAAACCUAUGAGGAAGCUGAGAAGGGCUUUGAUGAGACUGUGGCCAAGGAGAAGGGGAUGAAUCGUGAUGACCGCAUCCAUGGUGCCUUACUGAUCCUGAAUGAGCUAGUGCGCAUCAGCAGCAUGGAGGGAGAGCGUCUCAGAGAAGAGAUGGAGGAGAUCACACAGCAGCAGUUGGUGCAUGACAAAUACUGCAAAGACCUGCUGGGCUUCGGGACCAAACCUCGGCACAUCACCCCUUUCUCCAGCUUCCAGUCUGUUCAGCCGCAGCAGUCCAAUGCUUUGGUGGGGCUGCUGGGGUUCAGCCCCCAUCCGGGGAUGAUGGGUUUUGGUGCGUCUCCUGUCCCAGCCAAGUCAACAUUGGUGGAGAGCCGGUGUUGCCGAGAGCUGAUGGAAGAGAAGUUUGAUCAGGUCUGUUACUGGGUGCUGAAGUGCCGAAGCAGCAAGAACUCUCUGAUCCAAAUGACUGUCCUCAGUUUACUGCCACGGCUGGCUGCUUUCCGCCCUUCUGCUUUCACAGCUGACCACUACCUUCCAGACACCAUGAAUCAUGUCCUGAGCUGCGUUAAGAAGGAAAAGGAGCGGACAGCUGCUUUCCAGGCCCUUGGCUUGCUCUCGGUUGCUGUACGAUCAGAAUUCCAGAUUUACCUCCCCAAGGUCCUGGAGAUUAUCAAGGGGGCUCUGCCACAAAAGGACUUCACCCACAACAGGAGACAGAAGUCUGUACAGGUGGAUGCCACUGUCUUUACCUGCAUCAGCAUGUUGGCACGGGCGAUGGGUCCUUCUAUCCAGCAAGACAUCAAGGAGCUUCUGGAACCCAUGUUGGCCGUGGGGCUGAGCCCUGCCUUGACUGCCGUGCUGUACGACUUGAGCCGCCAGAUCCCGCAGCUGAAGAAGGAGAUUCAGGACGGGCUGCUGAAGAUGCUCUCGAUGGUUUUGAUGCACCGACCCCUGCGCCAUCCAGGCAUGCCCAAAGGCUUGGCCCACCAGCUCUCUUCCCCCAGCCUCACUAACAUCCCUGAGGCCAAUGACGUGGGCAGCAUCACCCUUGCCCUCCGCACGCUGGGCAGCUUUGAGUUUGAAGGACACUCUCUGACUCAGUUUGUGAGGCACUGUGCCGACCAUUUCCUCAACAGCGAGCACAAGGAGGUCCGGAUGGAGGCUGCUCGCACCUGCUCACGUUUGCUGACUCCUUCCAUCCACCUGAUCAGCGGACAUGCCCAUGUUGUGAGCCAGACAGCUGUGCAGGUGGUGGCGGACGUCCUGAGCAAAUUGUUGGUGGUUGGCAUCACAGACCCAGAUCCAGACAUCCGAUACUGCGUGCUGGCAUCCUUGGAUGAGCGAUUUGAUGCGCACCUGGCCCAGGCGGAGAAUUUGCAGGCUCUCUUUGUGGCGCUGAAUGACCAGGUGUUUGAGAUCCGCGAGUUGGCCAUAUGCACGGUGGGCCGGCUGAGCAGCAUGAACCCGGCUUUUGUCAUGCCCUUCCUGCGCAAGAUGCUAAUUCAGAUCCUGACGGAGCUGGAGCACAGCGGGGUCGGCAGGAUCAAAGAACAAAGCGCCAGGAUGUUGGGACACUUGGUCUCCAACGCCCCGCGACUGAUCCGACCCUAUAUGGAGCCCAUCCUCAAGGCGUUGAUAGUGAAACUGAAGGAUCCUGACCCCGAUCCUAACCCUGGAGUGAUUAAUAACGUCCUGGCUACUAUUGGUGAGCUAGCACAGGUGAGCGGGCUGGAGAUGAGGAAGUGGGUGGAUGAGCUUUUCAUCAUCAUUAUGGACAUGCUCCAGGACUCCUCUUUGCUUGCUAAGAGACAGGUCGCCCUCUGGACUCUUGGUCAGCUGGUGGCCAGCACUGGCUACGUCGUUGAGCCCUAUAGGAAGUAUCCAACCCUUUUGGAGGUGUUACUGAACUUUCUGAAGACGGAACAGAACCAAGGCACCCGGAGAGAGGCGAUCCGUGUCCUUGGUCUCCUGGGGGCCCUUGAUCCGUACAAGCAUAAGGUGAACAUCGGCAUGAUUGACCAGUCACGGGACGCCUCUGCCGUCAGUCUCUCCGAGUCUAAAUCGAGCCAAGAUUCUUCCGACUACAGCACCAGCGAGAUGCUGGUCAACAUGGGCAACCUCCCGCUCGAUGAGUUCUACCCGGCGGUGUCCAUGGUGGCCCUCAUGCGCAUCUUCCGGGACCAGUCCCUCUCCCACCACCACACUAUGGUGGUCCAGGCCAUCACCUUCAUCUUCAAGUCCCUGGGGCUCAAGUGCGUCCAGUUCCUGCCGCAGGUCAUGCCCACCUUCCUCAACGUCAUCCGGGUCUGCGACAGCGCCAUCCGAGAGGUCAAAGAAGAUGGCGACAGUGUGCUGGGGAGAAGAGCCGAGUUCUUGUUCCAGCAGCUGGGAAUGUUGGUGUCCUUCGUAAGAAGUCACAUCCGGCCCUACAUGGAUGAGAUUGUCAUCCUGAUGAGGGAAUUCUGGGUUGUCAACAGUUCGAUCCAGUGCACCAUCAUCCUCCUCAUUGAGCAAAUCGUGGUGGCUUUAGGCGGUGAGUUCAAGCUCUACCUGCCCCAGCUCAUCCCCCACAUGCUGCGGGUCUUCAUGCACGACAACAGCAGUGGACGAAACGUCUCCGUCAAGCUCUUGAAUGCCAUCCAGCUGUUUGGAGCCAAUCUGGAUGACUAUCUGCACUUAUUGCUGCCUCCCAUCGUCAAGCUCUUUGAUGCCCCUGAUGCCCCUCUGCAGGCCCGCAGAACUGCCUUAGAAACUGUGGAUCGCUUGACCGAGUCUCUGGAUUUCACCGAUUACGCUUCCCGCAUAAUCCAUCCUUUGGUGCGGACUCUGGACCAGAGCCCUGAGCUCCGGCUGACUGCCAUGGACACGCUCUCAUCUCUGGUCUUCCAACUUGGGAAGAAGUAUCAGAUUUUCAUUCCAAUGGUGAACAAAGUCUUGGUGCGCCACCGGAUCAACCACCAGCGCUACGACGUCCUCAUCUGCAGGAUUGUGAAGGGCUACACUCUGGCGGAUGAAGAAGAGGACCCCCUCAUCUACCAGCACCGUGUCCAGAGGAGCAACCAAGGGGAGGCCCUCACCAGCGCCCCGGUGGAAACUGGCCCCAUGAAGAAGCUGCACGUCAGCACCAUCAACUUACAGAAGGCCUGGGGAGCGGCCCGGAGGGUUUCCAAAGACGACUGGCUGGAGUGGCUGCGGCGGCUGAGCCUGGAGCUGUUGAAGGACUCCUCGUCCCCAUCUCUGCGCUCGUGCUGGGCCUUGGCCCAGGCCUACAACCCCAUGGCCAGAGAUCUCUUCAAUGCAGCCUUUGUUUCCUGCUGGUCCGAACUCAAUGAAGACCAGCAGGAUGAGCUGAUCCGGAGUAUCGAGUUGGCCCUGACCUCACAGGACAUUGCGGAGGUCACCCAGACCCUUUUGAACCUGGCGGAGUUUAUGGAGCACAGCGACAAGGGACCGUUGCCAUUGGGAGAUGAUAACGGCAUCGUCUUGCUCGGGGAGCGAGCAGCCAAAUGCCGGGCCUACGCCAAGGCCCUGCACUACAAAGAGCUUGAAUUCCAGAAGGGCCCGACGCCUGCCAUCCUGGAGUCCCUCAUCAGCAUUAACAAUAAACUCCAGCAACCGGAGGCUGCGUCGGGAGUGCUGGAAUAUGCCAUGAAACACUUUGGGGAACUGGAAAUCCAGGCCACCUGGUACGAGAAGCUGCAUGAGUGGGAAGAUGCCCUCGUCGCCUAUGACAAAAAGAUGGACACCAACAAGGACGACUCGGAGCUGAUGUUGGGGCGCAUGCGCUGCCUGGAGGCUCUGGGAGAAUGGGGACAACUUCAUCAGCAGUGUUGUGAGAAGUGGACCUUGGUGAAUGAUGAAACCCAGGCGAAAAUGGCCAGGAUGGCAGCAGCUGCGGCUUGGGGCUUAGGUCAGUGGGACAGUAUGGAGGAAUACACCUGCAUGAUCCCAAGGGACACCCACGACGGAGCCUUCUACCGGGCCGUUCUGGCGCUGCAUCAGGACCUCUUCUCAUUGGCUCAACAGUGCAUCGACAAAGCCCGAGACCUGUUAGACGCUGAGCUGACCGCCAUGGCGGGAGAGAGCUACAGCCGUGCCUAUGGGGCAAUGGUGUCCUGCCAGAUGCUGUCAGAGCUGGAAGAAGUCAUCCAGUACAAACUUGUCCCGGAGCGACGCGAGAUCAUCCGCCAGAUCUGGUGGGAAAGGCUUCAGGGCUGCCAGCGGAUCGUGGAAGACUGGCAGCGGAUCCUUAUGGUCCGCUCGCUUGUGGUCAACCCUCACGAGGACAUGCGGACCUGGCUCAAGUACGCCAGCCUUUGCGGCAAGAGCGGGCGGCUGGCUUUGGCCCAUAAGACCCUGGUGUUGCUGCUGGGGGUUGACCCGUCCCGGCAGCUGGACCAUCCAUUGCCGACCGUGCAUCCUCAGGUGACCUAUUCCUACAUGAAGUACAUGUGGAAGAGCGCCCGCAAGAUUGACGCCUUCCAGCACAUGCAGCACUUUGUCCAGACGAUGCAGCAGCAGGCCCAGCAUGCCAUUGCCACCGAAGACCAGCAGCACCGGCAAGAGCUCCACAAACUCAUGGCUCGGUGUUUCCUGAAACUGGGCGAGUGGCAACUCAACCUGCAAGGUAUUAAUGAGAGCACCAUCCCCAAGGUCUUGCAGUACUACAGCGCCUCCACGGAGCACGACCGCAAUUGGUACAAGGCCUGGCAUGCUUGGGCGGUGAUGAACUUUGAGGCCGUGCUUCACUACAAGCACCAGAACCAGGCUCGGGACGAGAAGAAGAAGCUGCGCCAUACCAGCGGGGCCAGCGUUGCCAGUGCCAAUGCGGAGGGCAGCAACAGCGAGAGCGAGGCCGAAAGCGCAGAGAACAGCCCGGUCCCGUCGCCGGUCCAAAAGAAAGUGACAGAGGACUUGUCCAAAACCCUGCUGUUGUACACCGUUCCAGCCGUGCAGGGCUUCUUCCGCUCCAUCUCCUUGUCCCGAGGAAACAACUUGCAGGAUACUCUCAGAGUCCUCACUUUGUGGUUCGACUAUGGUCACUGGCCUGAGGUCAAUGAGGCCUUGGUGGAAGGGGUCAAAGCCAUCCAGAUCGAUACCUGGCUACAGGUCAUCCCUCAACUCAUUGCGAGGAUCGAUACCCCUCGCCCGUUGGUGGGCCGCCUCAUUUACCAGCUUCUGACGGAUAUUGGGCGCUACCAUCCGCAGGCUUUGAUCUACCCCUUGACGGUGGCUUCCAAGUCGACCACGACUGCCCGCCACAACGCCGCCAACAAGAUCCUGAAGAACAUGUGCGAACACAGCAACACUCUGGUCCAGCAGGCCAUGAUGGUGAGUGAAGAGCUCAUCCGCGUGGCCAUCCUUUGGCAUGAGAUGUGGCACGAAGGGCUGGAGGAGGCCUCCCGCCUGUAUUUCGGGGAGAGGAACGUCAAGGGGAUGUUUGAAGUGCUGGAGCCGCUGCACGCCAUGAUGGAGCGCGGGCCUCAGACGCUCAAGGAGACCUCCUUCAAUCAGGCUUAUGGCAGAGAUUUAAUGGAAGCCCAGGAGUGGUGUCGGAAAUACAUGAAAUCGGGAAACGUUAAAGACCUCACUCAGGCCUGGGAUCUCUACUACCAUGUUUUCCGGCGUAUUUCGAAGCAAUUGCCUCAGCUGACCUCCUUGGAGCUCCAGUAUGUCUCCCCGAAGCUCCUCAUGUGCCGGGACCUGGAGCUGGCCGUCCCUGGGACCUACGAUCCCAACCAGCCCAUCAUCCGCAUCCAGUCCAUCGCUCCAUCGCUGCAAGUGAUCACAUCCAAACAGCGGCCGAGGAAGCUGACUUUAAUGGGAAGCAACGGCCACGAAUUUGUGUUCCUUCUGAAAGGCCACGAAGACCUUCGUCAAGAUGAAAGAGUGAUGCAGCUUUUCGGCCUGGUGAACACCUUGCUGGCCAACGACCCCACUUCCCUGCGUAAAAACCUCAGCAUCCAGCGAUACGCGGUCAUCCCCCUCUCGACAAACUCAGGCCUCAUUGGCUGGGUGCCCCACUGCGACACCCUCCACGCCUUGAUCCGGGACUAUCGGGAGAAGAAGAAGAUCCUGCUCAACAUUGAGCACCGCAUCAUGCUGCGGAUGGCUCCCGACUACGACCACCUCACUCUCAUGCAGAAAGUGGAGGUGUUCGAACACGCCGUGAACAACACUGCGGGAGAUGACCUGGCCAAGCUGCUCUGGCUGAAGAGCCCUAGCUCGGAGGUGUGGUUUGACCGAAGAACCAAUUACACUCGUUCGCUGGCCGUGAUGUCCAUGGUCGGUUAUAUCCUCGGUCUCGGGGACAGGCAUCCCUCCAACCUUAUGCUCGACCGACUUAGUGGGAAGAUUCUCCAUAUUGACUUCGGAGACUGCUUUGAGGUUGCCAUGACCAGAGAGAAGUUCCCGGAGAAGAUUCCGUUCAGGCUGACUCGGAUGUUGACAAACGCCAUGGAGGUGACCGGAUUGGAUGGCAACUACAGGAUCACCUGCCACACCGUCAUGGAGGUCUUGCGGGAGCACAAGGACAGCGUCAUGGCCGUGCUGGAGGCCUUUGUGUACGACCCUUUGCUAAACUGGAGGCUCAUGGACACAGCAAACACAAAAGGCAAUAAGCGAUCCCGGACUCGAACAGACUCCUAUUCGGCCGGCCAGUCAGUAGAAAUGUUGGACAGCGUGGAGCUGGGGGAGACGGCCCAUAAGAAACCGGGGACCACGGUGCCUGAAUCGAUCCAUUCCUUCAUCGGGGACGGUCUCGUCAAACCAGAGGCUCUGAACAAAAAGGCCAUACAGAUUAUCAACAGAGUCCGGGAUAAACUCACCGGACGGGACUUCUCCCACGACGAAACGCUGGACGUGCCCACGCAAGUGGAGCUGCUCAUCAAGCAGGCCACCUCCCAUGAGAACCUUUGCCAGUGCUACAUCGGAUGGUGCCCUUUUUGGUGAUGCGAAGCCCCGAACGCAGCGCCAACUAGGAGGCGGCGAGGAGGGGGAAUCACAGCACCUUUUUGUCAAAUAGUUUCGGACUGUAAAUUGAGAAAAACGUCACCUUCUUAUUCCAAGUUGUUUCGAGCCGAAGGCAGGCGGUUCCCAGACAAACGGGACGGAAGACAAGUGAAAGCCUUGGAUUUUGCAGGGAGACCUUUGUUUUCCAAGACUCAUGGCUUGGGGACGGAUUGGAGAACCGGACUCAAGUGUCCUUUCAUUGCCUUGCCUUGUCUCCAAAUGUGACCUUUUUGGGGCUCAGCCUUUGCAUGGAAGGCCCCAAUGGUUUCUUCAAACAAGAUAUUGACACAGAUAAUGUUUGUGUCUUUCUCUGCGGAGUCUGAAUGUCCCUACGCUGACAAAACAUGGAGGAAACUGUUCAUCUGGAGUGUAUAACCGGCCGCGGGUUUGGAAGAGCGGGAAACAAAUGGCUGAAACACUAAGGAGAACGUGGCAAAGUUGACGAACGGAGCCGAGGAACGACGAAACACCAUGCAACACCACCUUGUAGUCUCAUAUUUUUGUGCCAAUAAACCGCGGCCGACCA